UGAGUAUAUACUUUAUUACUCCAUAGUCUGGAAUGGAUGUGUAAAAAUGUCAACAUUAAAAUGGUUUCGAGAUUCCCUCAAUACUCUUUAAUAAAGUGCUUGAACCUCUGGAUUUCAUGACUACCGCCACAUUCAAAGCACUCUCGUAUCUCCUUCCCUGCGCUCUGUUUCGCCGAUCGCCGGAGACAUGGCUUUGUGCGUGACCGACACGGCCCAUGCCCUGUCUUGCCGGGACAGCAAAGCCGCAGCACACCUCAAGCUUAUUUCCGUUUUUGUAAUCUUCUUCACGAGCGUUAUUGGGAUAUCCUUACCGGUCGUACUCGCCCGAUUGUUUCACGGAAAACCUGUUUACGACAAGGCGAUUCUGAUCAUCAAGUGCUUCGCCGCCGGCGUGAUACUUUCCACAUCGCUCGUGCACGUGCUUCCUGACGCCUAUGACGCGCUCUCCGACUGCCAGGUGGCGUCCAGGCAUCCGUGGAAGGACUUCCCCUUCUCCGGCCUCAUAACUUUAAUUGGCGUUCUGACGGCACUGUUGGUUGACUUGACGGCGACUUCUCACGUCGAGAGUCAUGGCCACGGGAAUCGGAACCUUAAAGUCACGAAGGAUUACGCGCCUAUUGGAGCGAGCGAAGAAUUGGGAGUGGUGGAGAAGAAAUUGGGGGUGGAAGAGAAAGAGGUGGAGCUGGGGAUGGCGGCGGCGCCUGUUGAGGAAGAUGAAUCAGUGAGGCUCAAGCAAAAAUUGGUGUCCCAAGUUCUGGAAAUUGGGAUAAUAUUUCACUCUGUGAUCAUCGGGGCGACGAUGGGAAUGUCUCAGAACCAGUGCACCAUACGGCCGCUUGUGGCGGCUUUGGCAUUUCACCAGAUCUUUGAAGGGAUGGGCCUCGGUGGUUGCAUUGCACAGGCGGGUUUUAGUAUAGGAACAACAGCUUACAUGAGCUUCAUGUUCUCAGUAACAACCCCAAUGGGAAUAGUAUUGGGUAUGAUUGUCUUCUCGGUUACCGGGUACGAUGACAGCAGCUCAAAUGCCCUGAUUCUUGAAGGUUUGCUUGGUUCCUUGUCCUCUGGUAUACUUAUAUACAUGGCGCUUGUUGAUCUCAUAGCUCUCGACUUCUUUCAUAACAAGUUGAUGAGUUCUGAACCAUUUUUGAAGAAGGCAUCUUUUGGUGCCCUUGUUCUUGGCUCUACAUCCAUGUCAAUUCUUGCCAUAUGGGCUUGAAUCUCUAGGUGUCUAAAUUAUGUAUUUACAUAUGCCCGAUUAACCCUUUGGGUAUUAGAAUUAGGCAUGUAUCAAAUGUUGAGCAUAUGUAAAUUUUCUUUGGAUACUAUGAUAAUCCAUUCAUCCCGCAUAUAUAUUGAAAGUAUAUUUUAGUGUUUCGUUUGAAAACUUUUAGCUGACAAUGUCUAGUAUUUCAAAAUACCAAAUGUGGUUUCGUCUGAAAACUUGCACAAGCCUUCCAAAAAACAAAUCUUUAUAGUGGGUCUCCC